CACCAUCAUUCGCGCUUAGUACUACCGCGUCUGCCCCUCUCUACUCAAAUCUACACCAUAUCUACUAAAUUAUACUGGCCAAGCCCACGAAAAUGCCUACAAACAACUUACAGGCGCUUCUGUCCGCUGACAUAUCUGACCCGACGGAUUUUCCGACCAACGAACUCCGCCAGCUUGAUGCAAGCCUUCGUUGCACGAUUUGCGGCGAAUUCUAUGAUGCACCGGUGAUACUUGCUUGUGGCCACUGCUUCUGCUCGCUCUGCAUACGAGAGCACACUGUGAGAGAGACUCAGUGUCCAAAUUGCCGCAAAUCAACAGCAGAGGCCCAUUUUAGACUGAAUCCCGCACUCGAAGAGGCUGUGGAAGCAUGGAAGAGGUCACGCCCAAUAGUGCUCCGGUUGUCGAAAGAAGAGCAAUAUCGUAUUGAAUCAUACAGCCACGUUGACACCCAGAAAACACCAACACGCACGCGCCCGCCGAAUAAUAAUAAUACAGCAAAGCGGAAACGACGGGCACGUUCCGAGAGUUCAGACUCUGAGAUCAUCCAUGUCGCAGGACCCUCCAAUUCGAAAGCGUCAAGCGAGGUUCUUAUGAUAGGAGACCCUCAAAAGCGGAGGGACACUGAGCCGUCGUCUGACAUUGGGGAAGAGGAGUUAGGAACCUGCCCCAUAUGUGGCAGGUUGGUUGAGUACCAGCUUAUUAAUGGUCACAUCGACGGACCCGACUGCGGUAACAGCAAAGCUGCACCGAAGUCUAACACCCAAGUACCAAAUUCCGGUGCAAGAAAUGAGUGGUCGAAGAUCCUGGGUAAAAAGUUCCUUGAAGAAGGUGAUUCGGAUGGCAUAAUGGAACGCUUACCAAAGGUGUCAUAUGCCGUACUCAAGGACAAAGUACUAAAAGAUUUGCUACUUUCUCAGAGGUUGCCAACAACUGGUGACCGAAUCACUUGGAUAGCUAGGCACCAAAGAUGGGUGAUGAUGUAUAACGCGAAUCUUGACAAAUCAGAGGGGAAUCGCAAGGGGUUAGCAGAAUAUCCAAAAGGGAUCGUCGAGGAUGUUAUCGCACAUGAGACGGCUUAUCGCGCUGACUUCCAGCGAUUGGUGGAGGAAGCGCGCCGGACUAGGGCAAUUCCUGUAACAAAUUCGCUGCCACAUGCUCUGCAAGAUGAUUCCGAGGAGGACUGAGAGUAGCAUCAUAUAUUACAAUAGCCUUCAGAUCCAUAGGAGGAACCUCAUUAUCCUGCUAUGUCGUAAUACAUAGUUAGAUCCCGCGGGUAACCGGAGACUCGACACGAUUUUGGUUCACAACUCCGCAAUGACGACCUAUAUCUUCUUGAG